UUGCGUGAUUUGAUUGGUGUUUUGAUUCGUGAUUGCAGAUUAAUAUUUCUCGGUUUCGAGUGAAAACAAUCAGGGUAUAAUUUAAUCUAGUUACUAUUCUAAAAUGCUCAAAGGAAUCAACCGAUCGGUGGUGUUACGAAGAAAAGAUUAUUAUCGGAAGCUGGUCAGCACCUGGUCCCCCUUGACGACGGCGUUCAACACUCGACCCGAGAAGAGAAUCAAUUUCACCAAGAAUGAAGUGGGACUUUUCAACAUACCAGAGCUGACCAGCUUUGAAGGAUUCUACGCUCUCAAGGAGAAGGCUAUCUUCAAAACAGACGAUUUGAUCAAAGAAGCAACUUCUUCCGAGCGAACGCGCAAAAUGGUUACCAUUUUCGACGAACUGUCGGACACCUUAUGUAAAGUAGCAGAUUUGUCGGAAUUUAUCCGACUGGCACACCCACAGGUCAAGUAUAGCCACGCGGCGGAGGAUGCCUGCAUAACUAUCAGUGGGAUCGUAGAAAAAUUAAACACCCACAAGAAGUUGUACAGGGCGCUGAAACAGGUGGUAGAUGGGAACGAUCUGAUGAAGACAACCGACGUGGACAAACAUGUGGCAGAAUUGUUCCUGUUUGAUUUCGAACAGAGUGGUAUUCAUAUGACGGAAAAUGAUCGGAAAAAGGUGGUCUACUUGAAUGAUUGUAUUUUGCAGCUUGGGCAGCGAUUUAUGGCCGGGGCAGUCCACCCACGGACGAUAAAGAAAAGUGUUCUACCGGAGACCAUCAGACCAUUUUUUUCAACUGACGGUGAUAAUAUUUUGGUUUCCGGGUUAUAUGCCGAUUCGGCAAACAACAUGGCUAGAGAAGCUGCCUACAGAUUGUUUCUUUAUCCGGACCAGGAUCAGGAACAGUUGCUAUCAGAACUGCUGAAAGCUAGGCAUGAGCUGGCAACGGUCUGUGGCUUUAAGACGUACGCACACAGAGCAUUAAAAGCUAGCACCGUUGAGACGCCUGAAAUGGUGAACGAGUUCUUGCACACACUCAACGAAAAACUGGCGCCUCGUGCGGAACAGGAUUUUGCCCGGAUGCAACGAAUGAAAAACGCAGAAAGUAGCUUCCAGUCCCCAUUGGCUACGUGGGACACCCCCUAUUUUACUUCUAGUCUGAAGAAACGCUGCCUAGGAACGUCGGCUUCUGAAUUUUCGCCGUAUUUCAGCCUUGGAGCUUGCAUGGAAGGACUCAACCUGCUGAUGAACAGUUUGUACGGAAUCAGUCUAGAAGUAACUGAGAUGGAGCCGGGCGAAUCCUGGUCACAUGACAUCUACAAGCUUGCUGUGACACACGAAUCCGAAGGACUUCUCGGGUACAUUUACUGUGAUCUGUUUGAACGGCAAGGAAAACCCAACCAAGACUGCCAUUUUACCAUCCAGGGAGGUAAGAUAAUGCCGGACGGAAGUUAUCAGAAUCCUAUUGUUGUGGUAAUGCUGAAUUUGCCACAACCGCGUUGGUCCGGACCGACAUUGCUGACACCGUCGAUGGUAGAUAAUCUGUUUCAUGAAAUGGGACAUGCCAUGCACUCGAUGCUUGCCCGAACCGAGUACCAGCAUGUGACCGGAACUCGUUGCAGUACGGACUUCGCCGAAGUACCAUCCGUUCUUAUGGAAUAUUUUGCCAGUGAUCCGCGCGUUUUGAGAACGUUCACAAAACAUUUUCAGACGCAAGAACCUAUGCCGGAGGAUAUGCUUCAGCGUUUGUGUGCCUCGAAGCAUCUAUGUUCCGCUAGUGAGACACAACUGCAGGUUUUCUACUCUGCACUGGAUCAAGUAUAUCACGGAGAUCCCUCCCGGCAUCGCGAAAGCACAACGGAAACAUUGCGAACCGUACAGGAACAAUUCUACGGGUUACCGUACGUUGAAAAUACCGCCUGGCAGUUACGGUUUAGCCACCUAGUGGGCUACGGUGCGAAAUACUAUUCCUAUCUAAUAUCGAGAGCGAUCGCAUCGUGGAUUUGGCAAACGUACUUUGAAAAAGAUCCACUUAGUCGAUCACAGGGAGAAAAAUAUCGUCGGGGAUGUCUCGCCUACGGAGGAGGUAUACCCAGUAGAUUACUGGUGUCCAAUUUCCUGGGAAGGGAAGUGACGCCGAGUAAUUUGACGAAAAGUUUGAUCACCGAGAUUGAUGGUUAUGCCGGGCGGUUGCAAGACUUUGAAAGGGAUAUUUAAGACAGUAAGGAUAACGGAAUCGGGCCUUGGUUGAUGAAAUAAACAGUUGU